GCACAGGAGAGACACAGUGGGUCGGGUCUGUGUUUACUUCCGGACUCCGAUUUAGACCUCGCUCAGACAGCAGCAGCUCCUGUGGAGGUUCAGGCUGUCAGCUAGCACGGUAGCCAUACAAGGCUGCAUGACAGAGGUUACAGGGUUGAACAGCGGCACCCCAACAGACGAGUCUCACUCGGCACCACUGCACACCGGACGCCGCGACUCUGGCCGGACCCACAGCGCUGCUCAAAGUCACUCAAUGCUGCGCUCCCGCUACCAGCUAACAGACUGAUCUGACUGUGUUCCUGCCACUCCAUGAUCCGAGAUAGCUGAGGAUCAAAACAAGGACAAUCGCUCAAAGUUUAAGCGCCGUGUCUGUUCGACCGACUGGGAUCCAGCGGCUGGGAGAGACGCGGGCCCCGGGGAAAGGGACGGGACUCGGGGGCCAGGCAGCCAGGGCAGCGAGGGUGGUGGCUCGAUAGACUAGGGGGUCGCCUCCAGCUCCCGGUGGAUUUAUCCCCUGCCAGCUAACGUUAGCUAAGCUAGCUACAAACAGCAUCAUGGACUGGUUAAUGGGGAAGUCGAAGACGAAGCCAAAUGGAAAGAAGCCUCCAGCAGAAGAGAAAAAGCAGUACUUGGAGCCAGAGUUCACAAAAAUCCGUGUGGUGGACUUUGACCUCAAGGAGCUGGUGGUGCUGCCCAGAGAGAUAGACCUCAACGAAUGGCUAGCCAGCAACACGACAACAUUCUUCAACCUUAUCAACCUGCAGUACAGCACCAUCUCAGAGUUCUGCACUGGGGACACCUGUCAAGCCAUGACAGCCUGCAACACAAUAUACUACUGGUAUGACGAGAGGGGGAAGAAGACGAAGUGCACUGCUCCACAAUAUGUCGACUUUGUAAUGAGUCUUUGUCAGAAACUGGUCACAGAUGAGGAAAUCUUUCCUACAAAAUACGGCAAAGAGUUUCCCAACUCCUUUGAGUCCUUGGUAAAGAAGAUCUGCCGGUACCUGUUCCACGUGCUGGCUCACCUCUACUGGGCGCACUUUAAAGAGACGGUGGCUCUCGACCUGCAGGGCCACUUGAACACUCUGUAUGCACAUUUCAUCGUUUUCGUAAGGGAAUUCAACCUGGUCGACCCCAAGGAGACCUGUAUCAUGGACGACCUGUCCGAAAUCCUCUGCACACCCGCCCCGCCACCCGCGCCUACCCCGGCCCCAUCCGCCCCUGCCUCAGCGCCCUCCCCCUCAUCACAAAACCACGUGACGGAGAGAUGAGCGGGGGCGGCCGUGAGAAAGCAGCCCCGGGGGUGAUAGAAGAUAAGAUAGAGGAGAGAAGGAAAGACGGCCUGGCCCCCUUCCUCAGUGCCAGCAGGACUUAAAGAGACCUUCCACUACCCUUAUAUUUCGCUACGACACCAACCAACCAGCCGGAAGGAAGGGGGGAGGGUUUUCGGGGGGGGUUUGGGGUGGCUGGGAGGGGUUUGUCACGCCAGCAGGAAUUGGCGUGAGCGUUCCUCCCAGGGGCAAAUCCCUCCCAUCUUCUCUGCAAUUUAAACUAGGAACAAAAAAAGUAUGUGUAUGUUUUAUUUUUGGUUUUAUUACAUUUUUUUUUUUGUUGAAGUUUUUUUUUUUUUUUCAGUUUUUUUUUUUUUUGGGAGGGGGGGUGCAGUGUGUCUGUCAGCCCUUCGCCUCCCUCUAUCCUCUACCUAACAUACAGUACAGGAAGGGGGCUCUGCUUUGCUUUGACCUACUAUUGUACAGUGUUGUUGUUGAUGUGUGGAGAAGAGGCGUCUCUGCUCACCUGCGGGCUCGUCCAUCCUUCCUCCUGCAGCGGCGAGAAGUGGUGUGCAGGCGCAUGGCCACUACGCUGGCCAGUAGGGAGCCACGUUACUGCCUGAUGGGGCAAUACUAGCCAAUCACUGUUUGGGUUGCUUAUGUCGGGGAUGUUUAAAGUGCUUCCUACUCAGGACCUGAGAGAAUACAUCACUGCUGCCAGAGAGAAGUUGCUCUCUUUCUUUUUUCUCCACUCUCUGUCCCUUGUUCUCCAGACUGCUCAGCCCUCCGUAUGACAGAUUAUGUUUAACUGCAGUGUAGUCACAUAAUCCCCCGGUGUACCCCCAGAAAACAUGUCCCAGAGCCUACCUGUAGAGGGCAGCAAACACAUAGAGAAUGACACAGAAACAGGGAGACACAGAAGAAAAUAAUAAAGAUUGUAUGUUAGAUCUCUAAUCUGAUCAGAGAAAAGAUGCUUUGAGACAGACUGCUGCCCAUCGUUCAGCACAGCAGCAGCCCUUUAAACCACCACCACCACCACCCCCUCCAGCAGCACAGAAGGACAAAGACAUGAGGUAAUGUCUGCAGGCCCACAGAGGGAGAGAUGGAGACAGAGAGAGGGGUUAGAGGGAUGGGGGUGGAGCUGCUUUGCUGUUUAACAGACACCAGUACUCCCAGUGCAAACUUAAAAAUCUUCUGGUUUUUGUUUUUACUCGUCCCUUUAAAUUUUGAAAAUGAUUAUCAGAGGAGAAUUAGUUCAGAAAUAAUAACAAUAAUGGUAUCAUUACACGUGUAUAGAAAAUGCACAGUCUGCUUGGACUUUACUGUACAAAGAAUCGCAAGCGGGUUCUGUCAGACAGCCUCUGUAUGGAGGAGGAUGGGUUUAUAAUUCUCCUUUUUUUAUUUAUUUUAAUUCUUUUUUCUUUUUUUUGCAGGGUUCUUCAGUUCUGGCUCUCGUUUUUAUGUAUUUUAAUUAUUAACUAAGUUAAAAGCAAUUUAAUAUUUUAAGCUCUGCGGAUUAUAAUCUAAUAAAAGAGAGA